UUGUUUUUGAAAGAUGGGAAAAAUGGGAUUCAUGCUCUAUCUAGACACAGUUUUGAUCCCCUUUAGUCUCUUCCUCACAUUGGGUUACCAUGCCUAUCUUUGGAAAACCUUCGAGCAAAGACCCUCUUCCACCAAAAUCGGACUCGAAAAGUUACACAGAGAAUUUUGGUUUCGCGACAUCAAACAGGGUGAUGGUAAGAAAGGUAUGUUGGCGGUCCAAAGCUUGAGAAACACUCUAAUGGCCACCAUUCUCUCUGCUUCGAUAGCCAUUCUUGUUAACUUAGCAUUGGCGGCCUUGACCAACAAUACAUACAAUGCCAGCCACCUUUUCAACAGCGAAAUCUUCGGGUCACAAUCCGAAAGGAUCUAUGCUCUCAAGUACGGUUUGGCGUCGUUGUUUCUAUCGAUUAGCUUCUUAUGCAGUUCCAUGUCUGUCGGAUUUCUGAUCGAUGCUAAUUUCUUGAUAAAUGCUGUUUCCCUUGACGACGAUCGAUUCUCAUAUGAUCCGUAUUCCUACACACAAACCAUAUUCGAACGAGGGUUCAGUUUCGCUUUUGUUGGAAACCGGGUGCUCUGUGUUGCGUUUCCGAUAUUGUUGUGGAUGUUUGGUCCGUUGCCGGUGGCACUGUCAUCGGCGGCACUGGUUUGGGGAUUGUAUGAAUUUGACUUUGCGCCUGCUAAACAAAUUUCCUGAACCGAUCGAAACAACUACAGCGUCAGGUAGCCUUGAAAAUUGACUAUGACCUUGAAAAUUGACUAUGACCAACAAUGUCCACGUUCUCAGAAGAGGAAGAAUCGUUCAAGAAAGAAAAAUAAUCACUCGUUUGGUUCUCAUCGGCCAAGUGUAUGGCUGCUUUAUUGUAAUCUCUCCUCUUUAUAUAUGGCUGACAAUUGCAAGGAAAAGUAUGUUUUAGACAUAACCCCCCCCCCCCCCCCAAAACACAAAUCCCGUGUUUGCUAGCUCGUACCGUUAAAGCCAUGCUUGAGUAAAACUCUGGAAAUCAGUUGGAGGUUGCUCAUCCUCACCAGGGGCAAGGCAAUCAAUCAGCUUGAGGGCUGUGCUUUGUUUUUGUAGCUUAUAAACCAUACUGCAAUGUAACGGUGUUUAUCCAUACUAGUUGAAACUUUGUGUUUUAGACUGUGAUAUUUCUUGAUGGGGAUUUAGGGUUUGCAUUUUCAAAUUGGAAAUGCACAUGCCCCCGUCUUUGAUUGCCACACCUCCCACAUCGCCGUCAAAUUUGCUGCUAUUGAGUUCUUGAAGAACGAAGAUGCAAGAAUGGAGAAGAUGGUUCCGACAAGUCCAUGGAUAUGGAAGCUUUUUCAUAAAGGAGGGUCAAAAGAUCAGUCAAAAUGAUGUGAUGCAGUGGUUAACUCACCACAUCAUCAGCUGGUUAUUCCCGAUAACAGCUCCAAAGAUUUAAAGAACAGUCCGAUGCCGUAAUAUCGUCUGCUAUAUAUCGAUAAU